AUGAGUGGUUCGGCCGGUGCUUCCAGUAUCUGGAUGUCUUCGUUGGCUCAACUUCAGCGACUAUCGUGGGAUGUAGGACGACCACCACUAUUGAAUCAUUGGUUAAACUUCUUCGUCUCUUUGAGAUCGCGAAACACUCCGCAGAUAUUCACGGAAGGGCCCCUUGGUGUUGUGAAUAACGAGCACAAGAUGGUAAAUUCACAUACCUCCGCUGCUGCAGCUGCUGUGGCUUGUACUGUUCCACUACCGCAGGAGGUACGGCAAGUGAUCGCUGAGUGUUUUGUGGAUGGGGUUCGUGUGGCCCAACUAAAGAACCUCCUCACGUCACCAACAGGAAUUUUAACGGAUGCAUCAUCCAUAAAUAUUUGUGAGGGAAAUGACGGUGUUUUUUCAGAGGGCAAAAGGGAUUUCUGUGGAACCACCGAGAAAAAGUGCCGUGACUGCCUUUCCACAUCCCCCGGAAAUGCCGCGCCGGGUGCCGACAACCACCAAUGCGAUUUCGACGAGGUUUUGUUCCUUUGGUGUGCUUCACACGAGACCCCGUGCCAUGCGCAGCAACUGGAGGCGUGGCUUCGUGAAGCGGUUGGGCUUCUACACUUCUUCACACUUAGGCCUGGCUCCAAGACGGAGCAACUUCACAUUAUUCGACCACAAGAGUGCUUGGAGUACUCGUCGAUACUCUGUGUACUUCUUCGUGCCCUGUGCGCAAUGUUCUUACGGUCAGGAUUGAAUGCAACGAAAGGCUGCGUUGCAGGUCCCACCCUCUCCAUUUCCUUUGAGGAGGAAGUGGGACUGCUGAGUUUGUGGCUCUUACAUUCUAUUCGUUGUCUUUCCGUUAGUUCUUUUACGGUAUUAUUGCAGUUGGUGCAAAUGUUACUUGCGAGCGGCACGAAGACCCGCGCAUGGCUUCUUGAAGUGCCUUCACUGCUUCGCUAUGAUGGGAGUGGCAUGAAAGGUCAUUUAAAUGAUGACCUCUCGCGAAAGGGGCCCGCACAGCUAUGGGAUAUGUGGGAGAGGAGUCCAACGUGCCGCAUUGCCCGUGAUAUCGUCCCCAUCACUCCAAACCCGUCCUCUUCACCUUCCCUGCAGCAACUUUUCACGGAUCCACACGCUUCAGUAGGUCCGAAUGUUGUGCUCUCCCUAAACGAGGAGCUCAGCCAAAUAGCAACUUCGUCAAUGGGAGGAUGA